AUGGUCUUUGCCGAUCGGAAGAGAAGGGCCAAGCGCAAAGAGGAGCAGCGGCUGGAGCGCGAGGCAGAAUUGAGUGGCGAGCGACAGAAACGAGCCGACGUCAGCCCUGAGGCAUGCGAUAGAAUGAGCGACACGAGAAGGCGGGUUACUGGAGGCAGGACGCGACAAGAAGAGGAGGAGCCCGAGGAGGAGGGAAGACAGGCCGUGACAAUAGUGGAGGAGAGAAGAGACAGGAGACGAGGAGAGCAGAGCGAUGAGCGGACAUGGGAUGUUGCUACUCAUGGACGAGGAGAAUGA